CUACAACAAACAACUCGUCCCUUCCCCUUCCCAUUCAACUCCACGACCUGACACGUGAUGUCUUCAAACGACUUUCUCAGUCUAUGUACAAUCCAAUCCAUCUACACUCCCUUCUUCUGCAUACACCCUGGUCAACGGGUGCUUCCUCAAGUUGCUUCAUUGACAGACCGAAGUUCCUACUCGUUUAUUCUUUCUCACCUUCUCAUCUCAACUUCAGUAUCGAGUCAGUGUAGGCGGCAGCUGUUGAACAUGUAUGUCUGUAGUUUGUCGCAAAUGCUUUUCGUAACACAACAAGUCUCUCAACCAUCACAUAAAAGCACUGACUUCACUGAAAUUAGUACUGUUACAAAUCCAGAUGUUGUUCACGCUUUACACUGAGUGCAGUGUAGUAGAUAUCCACACUGAUUUCACAUUAAUGUAGAAGGCCUGUCCUGCUGUCUUUACAAUCCUAACUGGCUUUCACAUCCCAUCCUCAUAUAUGCCUCGGACACCAGUACUUGAA